AUGUCCAGGACGUCUUCAUCCUCCUCCUUCAGCGCCUCCGCCAGGCGGUACCUUCUGCAGCGCUCCACACGCUUCAUCAGUGCCUCCACGCUGGCAAAGUUGUGGAAACCUGAUACGUACUUCAGCAACUUGAAGGACGGCGAGAUCCAUACGGUGUCCAUGCCUAACGUUCUGUAUAGAAUAUACAAGACUGGCGACGUUCUGUACAGCAUGAGGUCUGCAAAACACAUGUUAAGAGAGGAACGUGCAACAGAUUAUGUACGUGCUUCUCAUGUCCACUCUAAGUUGUCGCAAGCCGGCGAGUUGAAUAAAGACAAGCUCUACGAAUUAAGAAUUAGAGAUAGGAAACAACACAGUAACAGUGAUUCUUAUGUAUUAGAUAUGUAUGACCUUAGACAAAAACAUAUAUAA